GUUCAGAGUCUUCCAUCCAGUAUUGACAAAGCAAUCAGCUACCUGGAGAACCAUCUGCCCAGUCUCACCAACCCCUACGCCGUUGCUAUGACAUCAUACGCUCUGGCCAAUGAAAACAAACUGAACCGUGAAAUCCUUUACAAGUUUGCCUCUCCUGAGUUGUCCCACUGGCCUGUUCCUGGAGCCCACGUGUUCACACUGGAGGCAACAGCUUACGCUCUCUUGGCUCUGGUCAGGGCUAAGGCUUUUGAAGAUGCAAGACCUGUUGUUAGAUGGUUCAACAAUCAACAGCAAGUUGGUGGAGGCUAUGGAUCAACGCAGGCUACUAUAAUGGUGUACCAGGCUGUGUCAGAGUAUUGGGCUAAUGCUCGAGAACCAGAAUAUGAUCUGAAUGUGGACAUCUUGUUGCCAGGCAGAUCAAAACCUKACAAAUUCAACUUUAACAGGAACAGCCACUAUGCCAUCUUUGUUUUUAUUAAUGACACAAACCAAGAUGUGAAAGUGACCGCAACAGGAUCAGGAGAAGCCACAGUGAAAAUGGUGUCGCUGUAUUAUGCUAUUCCUACAGUGAAGGAAAGUGACUGCCAGAAKUUUAAUAUGUCAGUGGAUCUAAUCCCAGUGAAAAUCAGUGAUGAUGAAAAGACAUACAAGCUAAAGAUAGAGGUUUUGUAUUUGAACAAGGAAAGMGAUGCAACUAUGUCAAUCUUAGAUAUUGGCUUAAUGACUGGCUUCACAGUCAACACAGAUGACCUGGACUUGUUGUCUAGAGGACCUGCCCGCACCAUCGACAGAUAUGAGAUGAACACUGUUUUGUCAGAGAGAGGCUCUCUUAUCAUCUACUUGGACAAGGUUUCUCACACACGACCAGAAGAGAUUGCUUUCAAGAUUCAUCAAAAGUUAAAAGUGGGCGUCUUACAGCCAGCAACUGUAUCUGUCUAUGAGUAUUAUGAAAAAACACCUUGCGUAAAAUUCUACCACCCAGAGAGAAGGGCUGGGCACUUGCUGCGGCUCUGUAGAGGUGAAGAAUGCACAUGUGCAGAAGCUGAUAUUGGUUCUAAGGGUAAACUGCGCACAUUCCUCAGUUAUCAGCACUGCAGAGAAGCUUUGGAUCUAAAAGAGGGCAAAACAUACCUUAUUAUGGGCUCAUCCAUUGAUACUCACAGAGAUGAGAAAAGAAGAACGUUUCAGUAUGUGCUUGGGGAGAGAACCUGGGUUGAGUAUUGGCCAACACCAGCAGAGUGUCAGACUGACGACCACCGACCCAUCUGUUUGGGCAUGGAGGAAAUGAUUGACCAGUAUCUCAACUUCGCAUGUCAGCAAUAAUUAGAUUCAAGAAAAUAAAAUGUGUUUUGUUUUAUUUUGAAUACUUGUACAACAUCGGGGAUCAUCAUGCCAAGAUGUAAACAUGACAGAAUAAAAGUGCUUUAACUGAAAUAAAAAGGUACUUUUUGUUCCA